CAGCUGGGAGCCGCAACCCCCACGGAAAGGGGCCGUGUUACGUGCUUGCAGGCUGCGGCUACGGAGGUUUGUCACACAGGCAGAAGCAGAGCGGCUAGAAGUUCUCACGGAUUCACCGGCGCGCAGAAGAACAUAAGGAAAAAAAGGGGGCUUCAUGAUCCGACUAGUCCUGCGCUGUGCCAAAGACAGGGAAACCUGAACCUGCCCCCAGAGGUCUUGAAAGGUUCCGCCAAAUGGAGAAAACUUUGCGUCUUCUGCAGACUGGCUUAAAAGGCGCUGGCCAAGUGCUGGGCGACCCGACGCUGGAUCUGAACAGUCCAACGGCAGCCAGCGGCGAAUUCACCAAGCAGAUGAGCUUGGCGGAUAAAAUCCCCCUGGUCAAGCCUUACCUGAAAAAGAAACACGCGCCCAGGAAGCUGGAUGCCAAGUGUCUACGCGCACUGGACCCCAUCCUUACCAGUCUAUUUAGCUCCGAAAACCUAGGCGCCUGCGAUGGCGUCUUUGUCUCCAGGAACCAAACCGGCAGCCGGAGGAAUUUGUGCGAGGCUGCGGUGGCGAAGCAGAUCUGCCUAAAAAGAAACGGAGUGCCCGAUUUGAUGGGCGACCACGGUGUUGAACUCAUGGAAGGGGAACAGAAAGCCAGUUCCCUCCAGACGGGUCCCAAAGACAGCUCCUUCCCCCUCCCAGCCAGCGGUCCAGAACAGACGAGCGGAAUGUACCCAUUCGCACCAAUAGAGACGGACAACAGUAAUCACUUGCACACGGGGCUCUUUCAGGAUAAAAGCGAAGAAGCCUCUUUGGAUCUCGUGUUUGAACUUUUAACCCAGCUGCAGUAUCACACUCACCAGGGCGACGGAAUCCCGAUCUGCGUGGAUUUCUUGCAGGGAGGCUGCGCCUUUGGCAGCGACUGUCCCAAACACCACACCGCGCUCCCAUACCACUGGCAGGCGAGGAGGAGCAGCACUCAGGUGUGGCAGAGUGUAGCGGAAGACUCCCAGGAACAGCUGGAACGGCUUUAUUGCAACCCCGACAACGAACAGAUAAGGCUUAAAUAUAAGGACCGCGUGCUGCCACUGGAUUUUAACCUCAUGAGAGUUGCUGAUGUAGAAUAUGACCUGGUGAGGCGACUGGCUACUCCUUCUAGCCCAAAUAUAAAUUGCAAUUGUAACACUGUGUGGAGGUACUACUGCAGAGACAACAUCGGCUGGAGAGAAUACUCUGAGCCUGUUGUUCAUUUAAUCGAAGAUGCUGCAUGCAGAGGAUUGAAGGAAGUCCGAUUCGUCACCCUGCAAAACCAGUAUAUAUUAAACAUCAAAGAAGGGUUUCAGCAAAAUGCUGUCUUUGGUUUUAGAAGACAAAUCAAGAAAAGACCUCUCUUCCUUUCAACCGUCACCCUUAUGCCAUAUUUACAAACACUUGGUGGCAUUCCGACAGCAAUAAGCCCAGCGGCCAGGCUUGCGUGCAAUCCCCCACUGUCGCCAGGUGUCUCUACCUCAUCAAGUCUUUAUCCAGAAACUUGGGUGGCAAUGGAGGCUUUCCAAGAUUUUGUCCAGGUGCCAGUGUCCAAGGAAGACAAAAGCUACAGAACUGUUUACAGUCUCUUUCAUAAGACAGUGUCAGAGACCAAAUAUAAAAUAUUGAAAAUUAUGAGGGUCCAGAAUCCUUUCCUUUGGGAAAAAUAUAAAAGGAAGAAAGAGUACAUGUCCCGAAAGAUGACGGAAAUGGACCGCAUGUUAAACGAAAGACACUUGUUUCAUGGGACUUCUCAAGAUGUGGUGGAUGGCAUCUGCAAGCACAACUUUGACCCCCGUGUUUGUGGGAAGCAUGCAACCAUGUUCGGACAAGGCAGUUACUUUGCCAGGAAGGCGAUCUACUCACACAACUUUUCCAAACGCUCUUCAAAAGGAAUACAUUAUAUGUUUCUUGCCAAGGUCCUCACAGGAAAGUAUACCGUGGGUAACCCCACAAUGAGAAGACCACCACACAUCAAUGCCAUUGACCCUUCUAGCGAUCUGUUUGAUUCUUGUGUUGAUAACUGGAUAGACCCACAGAUUUUUGUUAUAUUCAAUGACGACCAGAGUUACCCUUAUUUCAUUAUAGAAUAUGAAGAAGUUUCUGAUACUGUGUGCAUUUAACUGCUGCUCUGCUCUGCUAGGAAACAAAACAAUAAACUGCCAGUUCCAUGGAAAAGUAUUCUUACCAAAAUAUUCUGUGGCGCAGGGCUAAUGAGCCCCAGGUCUGCAUUCAGGAUUCGAACAUUACAAAAGGCCAAGACCUUCUUUCCUCUGACCUCGGGGAUCCCAGCACAGCAUGCUAACUAAAAUACUGUAUGUGACAAGACUGUUCAUAGCAGCUGCAUUGUAACGUGUAGGAUUUUCAAAUGCUGUAAAUAUUUAAUGAACACCGUAGAGGAAAGCAAAUAGUAUAUAGUACUACUGCAGUCACAACUGUAAGACAUGUACAUAUGAUUUCAUUGUUUAUAUAUUUUAAAUAUGUGCCUUCUGUUUAUAAAAAAGGUUUAUUUAUGUCAGUAAAUGUUACAUUAAAAAAACGAAUUGUAUUGAAGCAUUUCACUGAAAAGCAAGGACUUUUGCUUUUAUCGUUAUGUGUUUUUCAUUACAAAUAAACAAAUAAUCAAAAUUA